CUUGACUACUAAUAUAUCUCUUGUUGCAGAAUAUGUUUCUUGGUGGGGUAGAUACUGGUGCAAUCACCAUGGUGUGGGCAAUGGCAGAGCUAGCCAAGAGACCUAAACUGAUGAAGAAGGCUCAAGAUGAAGUUAGAGCUUGCAUUGGAAACAAAGGAAAAGUCACAGAAAGUGACACUGAUCAGCUUCAAUACCUCAAAAUGAUAGUCAAAGAAACUUUUAGAUUGCACCCUCCAGCUCCUCUGCUUCUUGCAAGAGAGAGCAUGUCACACUUCACCGUCGAUGGCUAUGAUAUUAAACCAAAAACAAUUAUUCAAGUGAAUGCUUGGGCGAUUGGACGAGACCCCAAGAGCUGGAAAGAUCCUGAAGAGUUCAUCCCAGAGAGGUUUCGGGAUAGCUCCAUUGAUUUUAAAGGUCAACAUUUCGAGCUGUUGCCAUUUGGAUCCGGGCGAAGGGUAUGUCCUGCCAUGUACAUGGGAACAACAAUAGUUGAGCUUGGCCUUGCCAAUCUCUUAUACAGCUUUGACUGGAAAUUGCCUGGUGGAAUGAAAGAGCAAGAUAUCAACAUGGAUGAGUUUGCUGGUCAUUCUCUUACCAUCUCCAAGAGAACUGCUCUCAAGCUUGUCCCGGAGAAACACCUCUAGAUUCAUCUACUACUAAAUAUUUUAAUAUAAGUUUGUUAUACAUAAAUGAAAAUAAAUUGUCUUCUUAAAAA